AUGGGCUCGGCAUCAGUCAAGACCCGGGGGUUAGGAGGACACAUCGGACGCGAGCACAGUCACCUACAAUGGUCCAAACACAACGCCUCCGUGCUGACCGUAUCAUCCGGCGAGACUGUGACCUUCGAUGCAAUUGACAGCAGCAACGGCCAAAUCACACCUGACUCCGACGCCACCGCCCUGCGCACCUUCGACACCAGUUUAGCAAACCCUGUCUUUGGCCCCGUUUUCGUUCAGGACGCACACCCUGGUGACGUUCUGAAGGUCCAAGUGGUCGACCUACAAAUCGCCGACUGGGGCUGGACAGCGAUCAUCCCCGGGUUUGGACUGCUGGCUGAGGAGUUUCCGACGCCCGUUCUGCACAUCUGGCGGCAGCUGGACCAGGCGGGCGGAUACACAUGCUUCAAAACCGGCGGCCAAGGAGAGACAGUGACAGACAGCGAUGCCGACGAUGUUCAGAAAAGUCGCAUUCGUGUCCCGCUGCGGCCGUUCCUAGGGUGUAUGGGCGUUGCUCCCGCGACGGACGAUGGACUGUCCACAGUGCCGCCCACCGAUGCGGGGGGCAACCUCGACUGUUGCGACUUGACCGUCGGCUCGAUCGUGUAUUUGCCCGUGCUCACCGAUGGGGCGCUCUUCAGCUGCGGCGACGGCCACGCCACGCAGGGCCACGGCGAGGUCUGCGGCAGUGCAAUCGAGACCCCCAUGAAGGCGACGCUGCGGUUUGAGGUGCUGAAGGGCCGAUCGUGGGUGACUGCGCCGCAGUAUGAGAUCCCCCCAGCGGUUGCAGACGCCGGCAGAGAUUCAAUCCCCGAUCGCGGUCGAUAUGCCGUCAUGGGCAUUGCUCCGGAUCUCAUGGAGGCGUCACGGAGGGCUGCCCGACAUCUCGUGCAGUGGCUGGUUGAGGCGAAAGGGUUGACUCGCUGUGUCGCGUACAUGCUGGCUAGUGUCGUGGGGGAUCUCCAGAUAGUGGAGACGGUUAACGUCCCUAAUUAUGUGGUUGCGAUGUCCAUUCCAUUGGGGAUUUUCGAGUGA